CUUGUACGUCAGCCACUCAACCGGCGGGAGACUGAGAGAGGUUUACGAUCAUGGUUAAAGGUUAAUAUUCUUAAUCACGUUUACGUAGCAUGUAUCGUCCGGCGGAUUCAAAUAACCGGAAACGAUGGCGUUGACAAUUGUGCACGGACGGCGUUUGUCUAUCGACGUGUGGUAGAAGUGGUGAGGAGGAGAGCAGGAAACGGGAGGUCCGAAGUCUACCGGGGACGAGAGUCGAAACCGAUAAACUCUUAUUACGCACGUCAUCGUAAGCGAUAAGCAGCCGUAAGUCUUUCACGUGUUAGUUCGCGAUUUGACUGGCAGAGCGUAUCGCCCGGGGGAACUACGCCUAGCCACGUUGUACCGUCCGCGUUGCAUAGUCGUCACGUACAUGGUGCAUAUACCAACACAGGCCCUGGUUGUGGUAGGGGUUCUGCCGCCGUCCCGCCAACACAGAGUUUAAAUACAUUCAGACCAUCCCCGGUGCACGUCAAUCCAUAUCAGUACGCUGGAACUACGCUCUCAACAUGUGUGGAAUUUUUGCUUAUCUCAAUCACUUAACACCGAAAUCCAGGGAAGAGAUUAUAACCCUUCUAGUAAAUGGCCUAAAGCGAUUAGAAUAUAGAGGUUAUGAUUCAGCUGGUAUUGCGUUCGAUGGUCCUGACGGUAAAGAUAUUACCAUUGUGAAGAAAGAGGGGAAAGUAGUUGCUCUUGAAGAUGAAUUACUUUCUUUGAAAGAUCAGCUUGAUUUUGAAGAAAUUCAAAAUAGUCACGUUGGUAUAGCACAUACACGCUGGGCUACCCAUGGUGUUCCCAGUUGUGUAAAUUCACAUCCGCAACGUUCAGAUAAAGAUCAAAUAUUUUGUGUUGUGCAUAAUGGUAUAGUAACAAACUAUAAAGAAGUUAAAGCAUUUUUGGAACGCAAGGGAUAUUUGUUUGAAUCUGAAACUGAUACUGAAGCAAUUGUGAAGCUAGUGCAUCAUAUUUACACACAACAUCCAAAUUUAUUAUUCAGAGAACUUGUUGAACAAGCUGUACAACAAUUAGAAGGUGCUUUUGCUUUGUGUUUCAAAAGCAAAUUGUUUCCCGAUGAAUGCGUAUCAACUCGAAGGGGAAGUCCACUUCUUGUCGGGAUUAAGUCGGACACAAGGCUAGCCACCGAUCACAUUCCAAUUCUUUACAGUAAAGAUUCGAUGAUAGACGGAGAGUCUCUUUCGUUAACAGAACACCGUUAUAUCCGUGGUGAUAAAAUGGCCAUUCCCAUUCCAUUGCCUCGCCAAGAAAGCACGUCCGAAUUCCAUGCAUUAGGAGACAAAGAAGAAGUCGAGUACUUCUUUGCAUCUGAUGCUAGUGCUAUAAUCGAACAUACAAAUCAAGUUAUAUAUUUGGAGGACGAUGACGUUGCUGCAGUAAGAGAGGGACGGUUGACCAUUCACAGGAUGCGCAUGUCUACGGCUGAUCCGCACGCUAGAGAAAUCACUACGCUCAAGAUGGAAAUCCAGCAGAUAAUGAAGGGAAAUUUUAGUUCGUUCAUGCAGAAAGAAAUAUUUGAACAGCCGGAAUCCGUGGUGACAACGAUGAGAGGCAGAGUAAAUUUUGAAAAUCAGACAGUCAUUCUCGGUGGCAUUAAAGAUUACAUUCCAGAAAUAAAACGAUGCCGUCGAUUAAUGAUGAUAGGCUGUGGCACAAGUUUUCACAGUGCUUUGGCAACACGUCAGCUCAUGGAAGAGCUCACCGAAUUACCAGUUAUGGUCGAAUUAGCUUCAGAUUUUUUGGACCGAAAUACUCCAGUAUUUAGAGAUGACGUCUGUUUUUUUUUGUCACAAUCUGGGGAGACUGCCGACUCUCUUUUGGCUUUGAGAUAUUGUAAACAGCGAGGAGCUUUAAUUGUCGGUGUCACAAACACUGUGGGUAGCUCCAUCAGUCGUGAAUCGCAUUGCGGUAUUCACAUCAACGCAGGGCCGGAAAUCGGUGUUGCUUCCACUAAAGCUUACACAUCGCAAUUUAUUUCACUCGUGAUGUUUGGAUUGAUUAUGUCCGAGGACAGAAUAUCAAUGCAACCCAGAAGAGCUGAGAUCAUCAGGGGCUUGGAGAAUAUAACAGAACAAAUUCGCGAAGUAUUGGCCGCCGACAGUAAAGUAAUGAAGUUGGCUGAAACUUUAUAUCAAAAGAAAUCGUUGUUAGUCAUGGGAAGGGGUUACAACUAUGCAACAUGUUUGGAAGGAGCGUUGAAAAUUAAAGAGCUUACAUACCUUCACAGUGAAGGUAUUUUAGCCGGUGAAUUAAAACAUGGACCAUUAGCUUUAAUCGAUAAACAGAUGCCAAUAAUCAUGAUAUUGACUAGAGAUCCAGUUUAUAAAAAAUGUAUCAAUGCUUUGCAACAAGUCACUGCUCGCGAAGGCCGUCCGAUCGUUAUAUGUGAAAAAGACGACGUGGAAACUAAAAGCUUGGCUUGGCAAACUAUUGACGUACCACACACUGUUGAUUGUCUACAGGGAUUGCUGACUGUAAUACCGAUGCAACUGCUGUCUUAUCAUAUUGCGGUUAUGCGAGGCUGCAAUGUUGAUUGUCCGAGAAAUUUGGCCAAAUCCGUGACCGUCGAGUAAAACAACCCAUUUAUUCCAAUUUGUGUUUAAUCUAUUAAUAAAUAUAUAAUUCACACCAACAUCAACAAAUCCUACUUUUAAUUUUAAUUUGUAGGCAUAAACAUUAAACAAUGUAUUAAAAUCAGUAAUAAAUCCCUUACAGCUACGACGAUAGUAUUAUGUCAUACACAGAAUAGAAUGUAUAAAUAAUGUUUUAAGUGCUAAAAAUGCUAUAAUAUUAAUGGCAUCUCAAGAAAUAAAUAUUUUAUUAUUU